GCUCUUUGUUGCUUAGAAUAUAUAUAAUAGAUCAAUAGAUCUUAAUUGUCUGCAAAUUGGCAUGAGUAAAUCUUCUUGUAGAAUUGUAGCAUGCUCUGGAACGGUGAACAACAGCUUAGCGAUCUCUGUGUCCAUAUCUAGAAUGUCUGACCUCCCAACUCUGCUAUUGAUGUAUUGGGGCUAUUGGUUGUAUGCUUGUCUUGCUUUUGUCUAUCUGAGAGGGAAUAUUGUAGAGGCUGGGCAGUUUCUCCAACUUUUGAAGGAAUUCUUUUAAAAUGGUAUUAAAGUGAUCACAGAACUUCUUUUUGUAAGUGAAAAUAAAGAUGAAGUUAGGGUCAAUAUGCAAAAUCAUGGUAGCCUGUAUUACUUCUUAGUUUGCAGUUUGUAGGUGAUGGAAUUUUCAAAUAAUGAAACAGUUGAGAAUGG